CGCCAUCUCCCGCGGGCGGUGCGCGGCGGCGACAGAGCGAGGCAGGUGCCGGCGAUGGCGGGUCGCGCCCAGCCCAGCGGCCCCGCGGGCAGCGGCGCCCCGGGGCUCCUCCCGCUGCUGCUGCUGCUGCUCUCCGCCGCCGCCAUCAUCCCCAGAGGUGAUGGUCAGAACCUGGUGACAGAGGAUGUGACAGUGGUGGAGGGGGACGUGGCCACCAUCAGCUGCCGCGUCAAGAACAGCGAUGACUCGGUGAUCCAGCUCCUGAACCCCAACAGGCAGACCAUCUACUUCAGGGAUUUCAGGCCGCUGAAGGACAGCAGGUUCCAGCUGGUGAACUUUUCCAACAGCGAGCUCCGAGUGUCCCUGACGAACGUGUCCAUCUCUGAUGAGGGGAGGUACUUCUGCCAGCUCUACACCGACCCUCCCCAGGAGAUCUACACCACCAUCACAGUGCUCGUCCCACCACGCAAUUUGGUAAUUGAUAUCGAGAAGGAAACCGCGGUGGAGGGAGAGGAGAUCGAGCUGAACUGCACCGCCAUGGCCAGCAGACCAGCCACCACCAUCAGAUGGUUCAAAGGCAACAAGGAGCUAACCGGCAAGUCAGAGGUGGAGCGGUGGUCUGACAUGUACACGGUGACCAGCCAGCUCCUGCUCAAGGUGGGGCGUGAGGACGAUGGGGUCCCUGUCAUCUGCCUGGUGGAUCACCCUGCGGUCAAAGACUUGCAGACACAGCGUUACCUGGAAGUUAUGUAUAAGCCUCAAGUGCGGGUUUCUCAGAAUUACCCCUUGCAAGGCCUGACGAGAGAAGGGGAGCCGCUGGAGCUGACGUGCACGGCCUUUGGAAAGCCACAGCCUACGGACAUGAGGUGGUUAAGAGUAGAUGAUGAGAUGCCUCAACACGUUGUAGUGUCUGGUUCAAACCUUCUCAUUAGUAACCUAAACAAAACAGAUAAUGGUACAUACCGCUGUGAGGCUUCCAACGCGGUGGGGAAAUCACAUGCGGAUUACAUGCUGUUUGUAUACGAUCCCCCCACAACUAUCCCUCCUCCCACAACAACCACCACCACUACCACCACCAUCCCUACCACCAUCACAGACACAACGGCGACGACAGAACCAGCAGUUCACGGCUUUACUCAGUUGCCCAAUUCGGCCGAGGAGCUGGACUAUGGGGAUCUCUCAGAUUCCCGCGCAGGUGAGGAAGGGGCCAUACGGAGCGUGGACCAUGCCGUGGUUGGUGGCGUCGUGGCCGUUGUCGUCUUUGCGAUGCUUUGCCUGCUCAUCAUUUUAGGGCGAUAUUUUGCCAGACAUAAAGGUACAUACUUCACUCACGAAGCCAAAGGAGCAGAUGAUGCGGCCGACGCAGACACAGCCAUCAUCAACGCAGAGGGGGGACAAAACAACUCCGAGGAAAAGAAAGAGUACUUCAUCUAGAGCAGCCUUGGUUCCCAUGAGGUGUCCAACUGUGGACGGUUACUACUGGCCCUAUUUAAACGCUACAAAGACAGUGAUCUUGGAAGUUGCAACCAGCUUGUGUCUUUUUUUUUUAAGGAAAAAAAAGCAAAUGGGUGGAGAGCGGUGAGGCCGGGAUGGUCUGGGAUUUGCUGUGUAAAAAUAUUCCUCGUAAAGUACACUCUGCUGUUCGACACCUCAGUUCGUUUGGGUUUUCUUUUUUUGGCCAAGUCCAGCUUGGAUUUAGUUUAGUGAAGUCAUUUGCAGAAGAUUCUGUGCCUUGUUUAAUUUCUGUUCGUUCGGGUCGGGGGGAGGCUGGGAAGAAGAGGGGCUUCUGUGCGUUAGUUCCCUUCGGGUUUCUGUGGCUCUUCGUUUCCCCUUUCCUGUUUCUGGAGUUGCCAGCUGGGACCCUGUGGAGUAGGUGCGUUUCUCUGAAGGUGUUUCCCCUUUUUUCUCUUCACCGGUUUCCGUUCAGAACUCGAGCUCAUCGGAGGAGAACCAGCACAUUUUAGAUGCGUAGUUUGCAGUUCAGUGUGCCCAUGUCCCGUUCCCCUGUUGCCGUCAGGGCUCGGAUAACACCCCCCAAGCCCCCUUUUGUGGCUGUUUCAGGUGCUUUCAAUGGUGGCGGCUGGGAGUGGGCUGGAGCUCGGCAGAGGCGCUGCUCGGCCGCGGGGAUGCAGGAGCAGGGUCCUUGCUGGGCAGGCAGAGCCCUCCUGGAUGUGGGGGCUUCUCCUCAUCCUCUCCCCACUUGGCAGCCGUGGGGGCAGCAGGUGAAGCCCCUCUGACGCUCUGUGAGCCCAGACCUGGAGAGCGGCUGGAUGAACAAAACUGCCUUUUUUUCCUACCUGCUGAGUAAAACGCGGGAAUUUGUGUUGAAACGAGCGUGCUAAUGACCACUAAAGCCAUAGGUGCACAGGAGACUCUGGCUCAAUCGGAAUUGUAAGCGACAGGUAGCAAACCGCGGCGGGAAGACGGUAUAAAGUUAUAUAUGCUGACUUUUUUUUGGUGAGUAAUCACGGAUUUCGAGCGAUACUUUUUUAUUGUGUUUAUGUGGCAAAUGUAUCUGAUUUAUUUAAGGACAGCAUUAAUCUUAGUGUCAGGUUUGGGUAUUUUUUUAGGGGUUUUGGGGGGGGGCCAUUUUCGUGCGUUUGUUUUUUAAUUGCUGUUUUUUGGCAGAACCAUUACAAUGUGGGACUCCUUUGGGAUCGGGGCGCAGCAAGCCGGCCCGUUCCCCGGCAGUAUUCCGUCUUUCCCUUUUUCACGAGCAGAACCUCGCAAAGGAAAAAACAAACCUUUUUAUUCCGAGCAGCUUUUGUGGAGCGCAGCUCUUUCCUGAGCCCUCAGCACCAUUGCCAAACCCCAUCGCGGUGAGAAGCAGCCAGGCUGGAGCCGGGGGCUCCGUGGCCCGGCGGCGGCGGCACGGGACGGGCAUCCUGGCCUUGAGCAGCCCAUAUUUGUUUGGAAGUGUACCGUAGUGCAGUGUUACCGAUGUAACUUUGACUUACAAUGUUGACAUGUCUCAGGUUCAUGUGUUUGAUUGGUGUUUUCCGUCUCAGGUAGAUUGCAAAAUUUCGGCCCCACGCAUUGGAAAAAUAGAAAAAAAAAAACAAACCCACAUAAAAACAGGAGAAAAAACAGGAAAUUAUUAAUUUUAGUUGUAUAUCGGUUUAUGUAUUUUUUCUUCAGUAUACAGUGCACUGUUGAAAUGUAUUGUUGAGUAUUACUUUGUACAGCUUUAGAUCAUUAGGACUUUGAAGCGUGAAAAAAGAACAACCUUGUUUAAAGGAGGAUCACAAAUGAAGAACGCGGAACUGAUGAUAAACAACCUUGUUCUUUAUUUACCCGGCCUUUUUAUUUUUUCCCCUUAGGCCAGUUCUGUUUUAAGGUGUCCAUGGAAGAUGUUACAGUGUAAGAAAAUACAUAUCCAUCUGUUCCCAUUCACAUUUUGUAUUGGUUCAUGUAUCCCAUUUUUACAAAGGAAAAGAAGUACUAUAAAAUAUCUGUCUUCUUAAUAAAAAAAAGUUAAUGUUACAAAACUAGA